UCCGGGUGGGGCCCCGGGCCGAGGCUAUGGCGCCCUGGGCGCUCCUCAGCCCUGGGGUCCUGGUACGGACCGGGCACACUGUACUGACCUGGGGGAUCACGCUGGUGCUCUUCCUGCACAAUACCGCACUGCGGCAGUGGGAAGAACAGGGGGAGCUGCUCCUGCCCCUCACCUUCCUGCUCCUCGUGCUGGGCUCCCUGCUGCUCUACCUGGCUGUGUCACUCAUGGACCCAGGCUAUGUGAACAUCCAGCCGCAGCCCCAGGAAGAGGCCAAGGAGGAGCAGACAGCCAUGGUUCCUCAGGCCAUCCCCCUUCGGCGCUGCAGAUACUGCAUGGUGCUGCAGCCCCUGCGGGCCCGACACUGCAGGGAGUGCCGUCGCUGUGUCCGCCGCUAUGACCACCACUGCCCCUGGAUGGAGAACUGUGUGGGGGAGCGCAACCACCCGCUCUUCGUGGCCUACCUGGCGCUGCAACUGGUGGUGCUGCUAUGGGGCACGUACCUGGCAUGCGGCCUGCCCGCCUGGGCCCCCCAGGCCCUGGGCCCCCAUCACUAUGCUGCCCUGCAGGUCUGGCCUCCGGUUCUUCCAGCCCUGGGGACUCUGGCUGCGGUCCAACGGGCUCCUGUUCGCCACGUUCCUGCUGCUCUCCCUCUUCUCCAUGGUGGCCGGCCUGCUCCUGGCCUCACACCUCUACCUGGUGGCCAGCAACACUACCACCUGGGAGUUCGUCUCCUCGCACCGCAUUGCCUACCUCCGCCAGCGCCCCGGCAACCCCUUCGACCACGGCCUGACCCGCAACCUGGCCCACUUCUUCUGUGGAUGGCCCUCAGGGUCCUGGGAGACCCUCUGGGCUGAGGAGGAGGAGGAGGAGGAAGGCGAGGGCAGCAGCCAGGCUGUUUAGGGCCGCAGGAGGCAGAGCCACCAUCUUGUGCCUGAAAACCAAAGCGCCCACCCGAGGGCCUGGGGCUCCUCACUUCCGCCCACGCCUCCCAGCCUCAGAGCAGAGUGAACAACAAAACCCCUGCCCAUGGGCAUCUCUGCCUCCAAAGGAAGAAGGGAAGGAAGAGGGCCUGUGUGGGUCCAGGGCGUCAAGAUCCAGGCUUCUGAGACCUCCACCCCGCCCCUAAGCCAGAAUGUCUCCAGUGCACAGUUUUAUAAAUUUAAUAAUCCAUAAAGCAAGUCAAGUAUUAAAAAACAAAA